CGACUGAAUUACAGUCAGCACAACCCCAGCUUCGAGUUCGAUCAGCAUUAUCAUUGGAGAGGUGAUCUGUGAGACCACAGAUCGAACUGGCUGGAUACUCUAAUAGUAAGCGAAGGUGACACGAAUCUCUCCCAACAGAGGGCGCAUCGGGUCUUUCUAUUCCGAACUUUGCGUCAGGACAGUAGCACAAAAUUAGCGGGAUAAGCUUAACUUGAGGAGCGAGUUCAAAUCUAUUUAACGGUUGUCGAGGGCCAGCCCCAGUUGGAGAUGUGGAAAGUGUGGACUCUGUGUAUUGUGCUUGUGUGCGGGUUUGUGGGAACACAGGCUGAGAAAGAAACACACGGUGAAUCUGUGAAGCACAAAGGUAAGAUCAACUUUACAGAAGGCAGCAGCUUAACGUCAAAUCCUUCCCCAACCCAUAACACUCAGGAGGACCCCGAUGCCUUUAUGGACUCUCUGCUAGGGUACAGGAUACCCUUGAGCACGGAUGAUAAUGAACUAAAGAAACGUGGCAGGCAUUUUGGGUUCGUCGGGAGUAGAGGACGACGCGGGAAGACGUCUGUAAAUUCCUUUUCCGAGGACCUAUUCCCUAAGCGACGACCGAUGAGCAACAGUGCACGUCUCCGGAUGCUCCUUGAGAACCGAGACCAAGGGUUGUUUGCCAAGGAGAAACGAAAGCCUCACUUUGGGUUCCAUGGCUCCAGAGGUUAAGGGGCUGACCGCGAAUGAAUGGAGGGAACCAACUGGAAUGAGUUUGGAGAAAACAACCUUGAAGGCAUUCUUGUAAACUACUCUAUGCACCCACGUAUCUGCUUGAGAACACCGCAUCUUUAUACGACAUCCCUGUCUCCACGUGGUGACACGGCACACCAUCGCUGUAGACACGACACAGUUAAUGUUAACAAGUACAAGAAGUCUGUUCUCACGCCAUUCGUCGUUGCUACAAAAGCGAUAGAUGUUUAUUGUUAACCUUUGGGUAUCCAUGAACUUUUACAAUAAAAUGUUUCUUUAUUAACUAUCAUAUACAUUUCUCUCAUCAAGAAUUCAAUCAGUGUUUGGUCUUCCAGACAUGUGAAAAGAAACUUUUAACUGCAAUGGAUCAAGAAAUUAAAGGUAUACACAGAGUGGCAAAUAUAUUUACUUUUACAAAAUAAGUGAGGGGUCACAUGGAGUACUUGUCAAAGAAGUUGAAAUUAUAUACACAACAUGCUGACACUAUAACAAGCCGCUAAGAACGCUCGAUCCGUUUUAAUGACUGUCGAUGAUAUAAUUCCUAUAGUGUAUCACCACAUACUUAUAUUAUAGUCGGAAUCGUACAAUGCGUCUGCUUUGAGCAGAUAGUUCUCAUUACUAUGGAAAGGGUUGUGUUGCUUUUAUAUUCAAUUAAUACUGUUUUCCCAAACUUAUCUUAAUUUCAAAUCGCAAACAAGAAGCGAUGACACCAUUUAGAACACAGAGGCAUCGUUUGGGGUAUGUUACACUUCAAAGUUUGAGAUAACGGGAAUUGGCAGUAUCUUUUAAAGUGGUAUAGAAAAGGUUACAUAUCAUCUAAGGUGUGUGGUUAAAAAGUUUUUGUCCUUAAGAUUCAGCCAAAAUGAACACUUUGUAACGGUAGUUUUGUAUAGCCACAACUCGGAAACCAUUAUGGUUUUUGUACGAUUUCCAUUAUUUGUCGCGUCAUUUCCCACAUUGUCACGAUAUAUUUGAAACAUUUCAACUCACUCAAUAAAUAAAUAGCACUGUUUUCUUUUCGCCGUCAUUCUUUGAAUUGAACAGUUGAUGAUAAGUAAUCAAUUCGUUAUUGUCUAUAGAGUAGAACAUUUCGUCUUUGGGACAUUAAGCCUGGUUAUUUCAUAAAAAAUAUGUACCAUGAAUUUUAAGUAUUCCGCAAUGUGGAGGUUAGUGCCCUCGGAUGGAAAAUGGAAGUCUUCGAGGCAAUGUUAGAAUAUCAUCUGGUUUGGUUCAAAGACUCAACGGUGUACGACAUUGAUCUGAAUUCACAGAAUAAAGCAUGGCUUGAUGGA